UUUUAUAGUAGCUAAUUGACGCAAACAAAUUAAAAUGAUGAAAAUGUGACAUGACUAAAUCUUCAAUAACAUAUUUAAUAUAUAAACUUUUGAACAUCUAGUUAUAAUAUGAAAUUUAAAAUUCAAAUUGGUUGAAAUAUUACAUACGAAAGGAAAAAGAGUCCAACGAUCUCGUGUCGAAUGUUCAUAACACAUGGGCAAUAAGGUUAAGUAAAAAGAUGACUAUGCGGAGUAUGACUACUUUGUACAAGUAAUACUUGGAAUUUUGACACUAGUGUGCGUCGUCCUGUGUAUGGAUUUUAUUGAUGAUGAUCGAUUCCAGCAAUUUAAAAGCAGUGUUGACAAAGACAAGUUAUGCCUUGAAUGAAAUAAAUUUGGAAUUAAAGUUGAAAAAAGAAAACGGAACAUUGAGAAUACGUUAAAACACUUUCGCCUAGACAUUGUUUUAUAUGGACAUCUUUUUUUCGGGUGCGAUGUAAGGCAAAUUUAGCGGAGAAUCAAACAUUUGUGUUUCAAAAUGAAUGUUGUGAAUCGGCAAUAUCACUUUUUAUGGAGUAUUUUACCCAUAUUCGCUCGAUUGACAUUUAGCACUUUUGAAGAAUACACGAUUUGUUUGGAAGCUUAAGAACUAACCUUUCAUCCGAGAAUUGCACUCAAAUAUGUCGUCCUAAUGUCACUGAAAGAACUUCAACACAGAGUGUAAAGUACCAGUUAUUUAAACAAUUUUGAAUCAAUGAUAUUACAAACAUAACUGAUGUCAACUUAUAUAGUAUGUAUGCUCAGCUGAAAAUGUGUGCUUAUUUCGUUUUAUUGUAUCAUCAUAUAUUUACAUUAUAUAUUUUGCAAAGUUAUUGUGUGUUAAUGGCUAAACAGUUUCUGACAUCGUACAUGAUAAACACAUCAAGAGACAGUGAGUUAUCGACGUAUUCAAUUUCAAGUCUGCGGAAGAAGAUAUGGCUUCCACCUGACCAAUUGCAAUACAAAAGGACGUAUACAAUUUUCCAGCAUUUGUAACCAUGAUGUCAAUAGUCGACCGACUCGCAAAGAAGAAAAAGGUCCACCCAAAAGAGAGUAUGCGUUACGAAAUGAUGCGAUUUUGUACUUUGCGGACCUUCCCGAGUGAGGGCAAGCCGUCUGUACUCAAAUUCGCAAAAGCAGGUUUCUAUUACGCUUCGAACAAAGACGAAGUAAUAUGCUAUUGUUGCGCUAAGCGAAUCUCCAAUUGGAAACCAAACGAUGACCCAUUUGAGGCUCAUAAAAGAAUUACGCCGAAUUGCAGUUUUAUUAUGAACAAUGAAGAGGUAAACGUUCCUGUUUCAAACGUUACAUGCACUAAUUCAAACGAUGUUCUUCAGAACAUCAUCACCGACCUGGAUAAAAAUAAUAAUGUUUGGAAAUUCGAUCCUGAAAACUCUUGGGGUGAAAGUGAGAAUGAUUUUGCAACUGAUGGCGACGAAGAAAACGAAGACCAAAACAAUGGGAUUCCGUUUUUACAUGAUAACUUCAUAAAUAAAACAGCAUUUGGUCCGAAACGGAACUCCAAUGUGGUAGACACCGUUACCCGAGGUAAGAACAGUGAUUAUGCCAGUCUACCAAUAGGACCUUCAAAUACAUCUGGAAGUCUGGAUGAUGAUUGCUUCAGGCCAGAACCUCAAGGUGGAUUCACUUCUAUGGCUCCGAUAUUAGAGAAUAGAAGUAUAAAUUCAACUUCUCAGACAGGAGUAGUUUUGCCUCUAAAGGAUUUUGAAAGUCUAAUUGCAAACAUUGACGACACUACUGCCUACCAACCAACUCAAGAAGACACACCACCACAUAGGAGGUCACGGAGACGAACACGACGUCAACGUCAACAGUCGUCAACCACAUCUGAUAUGCCCGGAACCACGGCACGUACACAAAGGUCUAGCGAAACACUUGCCUCUAAUAUGCAAACCCCUGUUUCCACACGGACAGCAAUAAAUAGAAUAGACAACCACGCGCAAACUCCAAAGCAUCCAAAAUACUCGACGAUUUCAUCAAGAAAAGCGAGUUUCAACCAGUGCGCAGAAAUUCACAUUAUGCCUAGAACUCUGGCAGAGGCGGGGUUUUACUACGCCGGAAUUGGGGAUUGUACCAGAUGUUAUUGGUGCGGCAUAGGCCUCCGGAAUUGGAAUCGCGAAGACGAUACAUGGACUGAGCAUGCGCGAUUCUCAUUGGACUGCAAUCACGUGCUUAUUAACAAAGGUCAAGAGUUCAUUAAUUUAGUAAAACUUGCACUGGACCUCACAGAAGAAAAGGAUGAAUGUCCGCAAGCUCGAGCUUCAGAAGCGCCAGCAGAAAAUCAAGAAACCGAAAGACCAAAAGACGACGUAGAAGAUUUAAUGAAAUCAGACGCUGUGCAGAGUGUAAGAGACAUGGGAUACAAUGAUGAUAUAAUCAGAAUUGCAAUUCGCGAAAUUAUCACUUCUAAAGGGAAUGAAACACUGAACUUGUUGAAUAUUAUGGAAGAAAUCUUUCGAAUUGAGGAUGAACGUGUUAGCAAUAAAAAUGAUUCUACUGAGACCAACUCAACACUGCGAACCAUAACAACAAGAUCAACGGAACCAUGUACACCUAUGCAGAAAAAUAAGAUUACCCCUGACGGCAACAAUUCAGAACGAGAAACAGCUAUAUGCAACCAGACAUUGGAAUCUAAAGGUGCAUCGGCUGACUUUGAAAAAAAGACGGUUGACCAUAGGCAAAAGCGUCGGUUGCUGAAUGAAAAUAAAGCUCUCAAAGAAGGCACAAUAUGCUCUUCGUGUAGGAAAAAUGAAGUCUGUAUUGCAUUUUUACCAUGUGGACAUUUAAUUUCAUGCGAACAAUGUGGAAACUCUGUAAGGACAUGCAUGACGUGUGGUCAAAGAGUUCGCGGUACGGUGCGUACUUAUCGUGCAUAAAGGAGUCGGCAAGAAGAUUGGGUACAUAUGCCCCAGAGUGGGGUAUUUUUUGCUAUUUUUGAUUUAUCUGGGUAUCAUCAGGGUUUUAUCAUUGAGAUUGUUAACAAAACUUUCUGUUUGCCCGAUAUUUCGACAAGCCCCCUUUUCAAUAUUGUUGUGUGUGUUAUUUAUAAAUACUCGUUCGUUUGGAACUUUUAGAGUUGACUUUCCCUUUCUUAUCGAAAAUAAACUUAUAUAGUUCAAAGCAUGCUGACAUUGUGAUUACGUAACUAUCUAUGUAAUAUUAUUCAUCCUUACUAUUUCAUCCAACAACAAACUUAAUUGUACCUUGAAACUUGUCAAUGCAGUUGAAUCUGUAUAACGCCGUUGAAAAUAAAAGUUAUAGUUAAGAUUUUAUACAGAUUAGACGAUUGUUACCAUCUCACUAUUUAUGAGGGUGAUUUCUAGAUUAUAAUUACAAAUUAAUAGAGUUUAUUCACAAAUACACCGAGGUAGGAAAGCUCAUGAGUAUACAGCGCUUUUACAAUGGACACACAUAAUAGCGUAGUGAUCAAGGUACAAAUAUACAUUUAAAUACAGACAUAUAUGCACAUGCAUACAUACACAUAUAUUCACACACAAACACAGACAUAUCUAGGAAAUUUCAUUACUAGUAUAUGAAUAUCACAAUGAUAUGAAAAAAAUACAUAGGACAUUAUGUACAUAGCGUGAAGAUUCACUUUACCAUCUGUAAUGUUAUUUCAUAACAAUGUCACGGUAUGUGUUUAUCGGUUUUGUUUUGUCAUUUGCAAUAUUUUUUUUUACGUUUGAUGUACAUUUUGUUUAAAUCAUUACGCAAUUUUAUCAUUUCAA